AUGGGCCUUCUGUGCACACAACAACAGUCACACACUGUCAAAAGUAUUUGCGACGUUAUGAUAGACCUUCAAGAGACAUAUCCUAAUGCAGGGGCCCAGGAAAUGGUCAGUUUGCUCUUUCAUGAGCAAGCCAUGAGUGUUUCAAGAAACAUAGUGGUCACAUACUUCACUACUUAUGAGGCCAACCUUGUUCACCUGCACAAGGCUCAUAGGCUCUGGAGAAAAUGGUUCUGGGCAGCAGGUGUUAACAACUUGUUUGCUGUUGAUCAGCAUGACAAGUGGCUUAGGUUUGGGCUUGCAUUACACACUGGCAUUGAGCCAUUCUCUGGGUGCAUCAUGUGGAUGAGAGUGUGGCACUCAAACCAGAACCCACAGCUGAUACUAACAUAUUACCUUGACACCAUCCAGGAGCUUGGUUACAUGCCUAUGGUCACUCAGAGUGACCCAGGAUCAGAGAACUUUGGUAUCACCAAUGUGCACACCAUGCUCCAUCAGUGGCAUGAUCCAACACUGGAAGGUACCUUACAGCAUUGCUGGAUGCAUACAAAGAAGAACGUGAUGCCAGAAAUUACUUGGUCUCAGCUAUGCUGCCAGUUCACCCCCAGCUUUGAGACUUAUCUGGACCAUGGUGUUGAAUCUGGUUGGUAUGACUUUGACAACACUUUGCAACAGUGCGUACUCCAUUUUUUACACUCUAUAGUCCUGACAGAUGGUUUUGGUUUAAUAUUUCGAUGGGUCUUUAUUCCAUGGCUGCAACACAAGCUUGAUGGAUACAAGGACCAUAUAAAUAAUACCACAAAGAGACGUGAUCGCAACAAGGUACUUCCUCAUGGAGUGCUGAACCUCAUCUAUAAUUCAGCAAACAAUUUUGGGGCACUGGAUUUCAAAAUCAUUCUUGAACCAGGUGCCAUAGACCAUGUUCGCAAUACUUACAUUGACCCCAAUCAUGCUGUCUUUGAACUUGUUCCUCCAGAAUUCAGUAACUUCAUACAACAUUGCUAUGAUGAGCUAGGUUGCCCUCUCGUCAACUGCCAGUCAGCAUGGACUGUCUACUUGGACUUACACCAUAUCAUUUCUCAGCUCUAUGAGCAGCUGCCACAAAUAGUGCUCACUGAUGAAGACAAUGAUCCCUUACCACUCCUGGAGAACCAUCAAGACUUGCCGUUUCAUGAGGAUGAGGAUGGAGCCUAUUAUAUGGGUGGUGUAGGCAGGGGAUUGGGUCUUGGUGCAUCUCCUUCCUCAUAG